GAAGCCCAUCACUAUGCGGCUACUCAAUGCAUUGAGCCUGCAGCUCGAGGAAUUCUUCGGUGACGAUCCACCUCCCUAUGCCAUUCUAUCACACAGAUGGCAGGCGGAUGAGGUAUUGUUCCAGCAUAUUCAGAACGGCUCCGCACCGGAAAAGAAGGCAUAUGCAAAGAUCAAGCUAUGUUGCGACCAAGCUAUGAAAGACGGCCUAGAUUACGUGUGGGCUGACACGUGCUGCAUAGACAAAAGCAGUAGUGCUGAGCUCACCGAGGCUAUCAAUUCGAUGUUUCAAUGGUAUCAAAACGCCGCGGUAUGCUACGCCUAUUUGUCGGAUGUAGAAAGCACAGAUUCUUCGUAUCAUGGGGGGUUUUCCAAGAGCGUAUGGUGGACUCGUGGAUGGACACUGCAAGAGCUCAUUGCACCUUCUCGCAUUGAAUUCUACAGCGCUAGUUGGGAGAAUGUGGGGACAAAGGAGUCUCUGAAGUCACAGAUAUCAUCAAUCACGGGGAUCGAUAUGGAGGCUCUUAUGGGAAAAGAUCUUCAAACUUUCAGUGUUGCAAAGAAAAUGUCGUGGGCUUCGAAACGCUCCACUACCAGGAUCGAAGAUGUGGCCUACAGCCUCCUUGGAAUCUUUGGGGUCAACAUGCCAUUGCUCUAUGGUGAGGGGCAAAAAGCCUUCUUGCGACUGCAAGAAGAGAUUUUGAAGCAGUCAGACGACCAGUCCUUGUUUGCUUGGAGCUGCUCAGACACCUCGUAUCGAGGCAUGUUGGCAAAAUCCCCAGCUUACUUUUCCAAUUGCUCUAAUAUUGUCCGGUCAGCCAUGAAGCUCGGCCGUGCUCCAUACACAAUGACUAACAUGGGCCUGUCUAUCGAGCUAUUCAUGGCCCCAUGGGCUAUGGAAACGUAUCUCGUGCUUCUCGACUGCGAGACGUACGGAAUCUCCAUUGCUCGAAAAGGGAUAUUCCUGAAAUUGUUGCCAGAACGGGAUCAGUACGCCAGAAUAAUGGUCAAUGAGAUGGACGUUGUGACAUGUCCUCCGGGUUUACUAGCAGAAGGCACUUACAUGAGAAUUUAUGUUCGGCAACAAAUAUGGGGCACCUACCCUUCUAUGGAUCGCAUGUACGGAUUUUGGAUCCGAUCCGUUCUUUCGACAAAGGUCGAUGGAACUUUGAAAAAUCUGGAGAAAAUCUGGCUCAAGGGAGUAGUGUACUCACGGAAGUGGAGCGAGGAGAAGAGAAUCCUCGAAAUACCGACAGGAUUUAGAGGCACUGCGGGUGAGUUGUGGUACCGCUCUGCAGACCUGGGGGACUCGGUUUUGUUACUGGGAUUCGACGCCUUCUUUAAUCCGGUAUGUUCGCUUGAAGGCCCCUUGUGGGAAGAUUCCCCAGUCGCCCCUAUCAUAAAGCCAGGGAGAGAAACUUUAGAGGAACUCCUGGAUCCUUCAUGGAUGUAUGUGCCAAGUCCCAAUGUCCAUAAAGGCUCCCGGCUGAAAGGCUUGUGUCGAUAUUCAGGUUGCAGCAAGAUAUCGAUAAAAGAGGAGAUGUUUGAAAAUCAGAAAAUUUGGGCCGUAGACAUCGAACACUACGACAGUAAGAACCCUUUGUGGGAACGCGUUACGUGUGAUGGAUGUUCUGAUAGAAUAUACGGACCGCGCUACAAAUGUCAAGUCUGUCGUAACUUUGACUACUGCUCUAAUUGUUUCUUAAACUCGGAUACCUCCCAUCCUUCACACGGCUUCAAGUUAAUGAACAAUGAGUAAAUGAGUCCUCCGCAACAAGGAGGAAAGCUUCCAUCGAUCACUCAAAGAUUAGAAGCUAGAGGAACUUGGAGCUUAUGAUUUCAGGGUACUAAUGUUGUUUGAAAUUGGUCAGGAAAUUCUGGUGGUGUUAUUGGUUGUCGUUGAUUCAUUGUUCCAGAUAGAGCCGGGACAUCCCAAAGGAGGAUGAGCAGAUCGUUCUUGGCCAAAGUUCCAAGAUGCGAGGGAAAUUGAUAAGCGGCUCCCUUGCGGAGGAACAAACACGCCGCACUCACGUUCAAUAUUCCAAGUCAAGCGCAACAUUUCAGGUGUUCCCAAUGUCCAAUCGACGCAUCGUACAUUCAAAGUCUACGAUAAUAAAAUGUCCGG